AUGAAAAUCGCCGCCUUUCUCGUGAUCCUUUUCGCACUGGCGAUCAAGAGUGAAGAGAGGCAGAAGAGAUUCCUCACCUUUCCGCCCGACAGUGCGACUGGAAUCCUCGUCGCGAUCGCCGUUCCAAUUGAUCUUCGCUACAGAAAUGUCUUUCUUUCGUACAACUUCGAGGCGAAUUAUGGGAUGCCAGAAGAAGCUGCAGAUUACAUUCCAGGACCUCUGGAGAGGCUCGAGAUCGUCGAUCGCGGACUGGAAGGAGACGCACAAGUGAUCACGAGGAAUUCAACGGUGCACAAGAGAUCUUCCGGUCAAUUCUUCACCAGGAGGAAAAUCUACAGGACGCUGGAAAGCUAUCUUCAAUGUCACGGUCACAAGGGAAGAGCUUGUUUGCUCAGGACGAUUUGUGAGGCCUCAGAAAGUCCUCUUCACGAUAACAACGGACUUCUGGGAGAUCUUCUGCACGUGAUUCUCACACCCUCAACAUCGGAUCACGAGGAUCUCCAUCCGGAAUACUACGCAGCUGAGGAGCUGGGACGCUCUGGGGACUGCUCGAAGUACUCCAGACACUGUCCAGAAUGCAUUUUGGAUCUCAUAAGUCGCGUUUUGCUCCAAUCUUAGCUGACCUUGUCUCGAUCAGUGCUCUGUCUGGACUUUUCUAUUCACCCAAUUAUCACCUGUUGUGCUCCCGUUAGCGUGAAUCAGAUCUAUUUAUCUCUCCAGCUCUCCAGGAGUUCCCUUCUCUUCGCCCACACACACACACACACACACACAGAAUCCACAGAUAAUUGAUCGUACCGUAAAUCAAAUAAUUG